GGGAAUCGUAUAGUAUAGAUUUGUUAACCGAACAAAGAUGCUUGUUUGUGUCUGUUUUAACUAAGAGUGAUAUCGACAUUUAUGAUGUCGAUGACAGAAAAAAAGUAACAAAAAUAAAAUAAUAUUCGACUGUUUAUUGUAAUAUGGUUUCUUAUAAUAAAGGAGCCCUUGGCUCCCUAUAUAUGCUUUAUGCAAAGUGUCUGCAAUGGUGCAUCGGUUUGAUAAUGGUAAAAAUAAUGUUUACAUGAAUGAUAUAAUUGUGCAUACAUGUACAUGUAAUACAGUGAAUAGAAUGGGAAAGCAAAACGGAUCUUGUUGGUGGUUUAUGAAAGCCGUAAAAUGGAUACCAGUUAUUUUCAUUUUAACGAUUGUCUUAUGGUCGUAUUAUGCUUUUGUGGUGCAGUUAUGUUUUUAUACUGUAGAUAACAAUGUUCAAAGAGCUUUUUAUUUAUUUUUUUAUCAUAUCUUGUUUUUAUUAUUUUUAUGGUCUUAUUGGCAGACUGUAUUUACAGACUUAAUAAAAAUACCAGACAAGUUUAAAAUACCAGAUGUAGAAAUAGAAAAAUUUCAACAAGCUGAAACAGAAGAAGCACGAAGACGGAUCUUAGAAAGAUUUGCACAAGAUCUUCCAGUCACAAAUCGCACUAUAGAAGGAGCAAUACGUUUCUGUGAAAAAUGUCAAUUAAUUAAGCCAGACCGAGCACAUCAUUGUAGUGUGUGUAGUACAUGUGUAUUAAAAAUGGAUCAUCAUUGUCCUUGGGUGAAUAACUGUGUAGGUUUCCACAAUUAUAAAUUCUUCAUGUUGUUCCUGGCAUAUGCCCUUCUUUAUUGUAUAUUCAUUACUGCUACAUCCUUGCAAUACUUUAUACGUUUUUGGAAAGGGGAAUUGGAUGGAAUGGGUAGAUUUCAUCUACUAUUCUUAUUCUUUGUUGCAUUAAUGUUUGCAGUUAGCUUAGAUUCCCUUUUCUUUUAUCAUUGCUAUCUUGUUCUAUAUAAUAGAUCUACAUUAGAGGCAUUUACACCACCUAUGUUCCGCACAGGGAGGGAUAAAGAUGGUUUUAGUCUUGGAAAAUACAAUAACUUCCAAGAAGUUUUUGGUGAUAAUCCUAAACUAUGGUUCCUUCCUGUUUUUACUAGUCUUGGAAAUGGGGUCACCUAUCCAGUACGUGCGCAACAUCAAGGCACAUCCAAUACUUAUGACUCCAUGGGCAGUACUCGAAACAGUUUUGGCGAUGGGGUAAACUUUCCUGAACGGCUGUGCAAUGAAGAUACACAUACUUUGUUGGGACAUACUUCCCAACAGUGGGGUGAUGAGACCGAGCUUGACUCUCCACCUCCUUAUGGGUCACAAUCAGCAUCAAAUCAUCAGAAUAUCAACUAAUAAAGAGUUUACUGUGAACUCGUACUUUAUGUCCAUCAUUGAUCAAAUGACAUUGGUAGAAGAAGCUACGCUUUUGGCACUUGGCACUGG